CCUCAGUGAAUUCUGAUUGGCCAGCAGAACAAUGACGCAUUCCACACGCGACUCAAUGUCGAAUGCAUUGUAUCAACGCUGCUAAGUGCGCUGCAGCUUGAGAGGAUAAAACAGCUAAAAAUGGUCCAUUGAACUAAUAGUACACUAUUCACCAAGUAGUUGAAAAGGCUGGACUCUAAUUUGACCAUAGUUCAUCCCAUUUCGAAGUUCCAAUGAGGUAAACGAGGCAGUAACGGUAGGGCCCACCCACAUUUAUUACCCACCCAUGUUAACGUUAGCGAAUUUAGCUUAUUAGAGUGUUUUCGUGCCAACACGUGUGAAGAGGAACACGUACGAGACUGGGUAAAACCUGAGUCUGGAGGAGUGGAAAUUAUUGGGUUAGUUAUUAGUAUGUGUUAUUGGCAAGUGUUGCCCAGAGUUUUAAAACUGCUACGCAAAAUAUUGACAACCUUUUAAGAAUAUAUUCAUAACCGUCACGUUUCUCAGCUCCUGGCUUUGACUUAAAACGAUAUGACAACAGCUGUCACUAAGUAAUGUGUGCACACGUGUCUGCGAAGCUUCCAAGUUUGGAGUUUGAUGAAAGAAGUGGGCAGUUCCUCUAUGCAACGGAGUGUUUACGGUUUUAUUAUGGUACAUUUAUCAGCGGUUUAAUUAUUAUCAUCACGUAUGUGUUAACAUGCAAGCAGCCGAUAAAAGGGAACUGAUUGUGCCCUCCACUAAAGUAGUGGAGUAAUUCUACUAAAUUCCUUUUAACUUCCACUUAAUGUUCGUUAUCCUCGGAAUUCCGAGAAAAACUGACUGCUGACGGCAACCACCUUUAAAAGUGAGAUUAAACCACAGGAGCCCUGUCUUAAAUAACAAAUCCAUUUUGUAUUGCAGCAAUUGUUCCGAUUGUUGAUUACUCUAAUGAAGAAGCCACCAGAAGGGGGAGCAAAAGCAAAGACAAACAAUCAAGUAAGCUUUGAAAAUCUCUGUCAAUCCUACAAAUACAACAGCCUCCAAAAAGUCCACACUGGCUCAGUUGGCAGCAUCUGACUUGGAAGUAUCAAACCAAUUUAAAUCUAUUUUUUAAACCGACAUUUUGUAAAGAUGAACCACGGACAAGACGACAUUGACUCCUGUUCCUGCGUUGCUGCACAUGAGCUGUUGGACGUACAUCUGGCUCCACAGCAGCUGAAAAGAAAACCACCACACUGUCACGUGACUCCUCAUCGUCAACCCUAAGUAGCCCCUCUGAGAUGCACUGCAGAAAAAAGGGAUUCCCAUCUUCAGUCAAGGGAGUUUCUCGUCUCUCCAGGCCAGCCAAGACACGCAUGUGUUGUAAAUUACAGCUUUGGAUGUGGAGAAAGCGGAGGGAGACCCGACGGAUUGGGAUAUUCAGAACAAAGAAAAGAGCUUGUGGGAUAUGCUUUGGCCCCUCAAACACUGUAACAACACGGUCAGAGAAAAGGAAACGCAAAGUCAGAAUGUACCACACAUUAAAUGUAGAAAAUUCACUUAGAGAAUCCGUUCUUGUGUCACCUCUCGUGUCUGAUACUGGAGCUUCAGAGCUGCUCAAAGAGAAGAAUUCCCCGCUGAAGCUUUGUGACUCGGUCAAUUCGCCAGAACCGCUGAACGCUUCCACUUCGUUGCACGCUGUGGUUAUGGACACAAAUGUUUCUGCGUGUGACUUCGGUCCAAUCGUGCCCGCCGCGGCUACACCGCCAAAUCCGACAACUAAAGCGCAUGUGCAGUUCGGUGAAAUGACGGAGUCUUUAAAGCUGCCACACACUGUUCAAACCCUGUUGAGUACAGAAAGCAACGCAGGUGUUUUAACUGCACAUUUGAAAGAACCAGGGACAAUGGUACCAGUUCAGAGGCCUGAUGUUGACGGCCCUUCAAGACAAUUCACAGCUGUCGCUCCAGGUCCGGAGCAUGUGACGGACCAAGUCGCCCAAGAGAGAAUCACUGGUAGAAAGACUUCUCAAACUGAUAUCGGUGUUCUAAGACGGGAAAUCCAUGAAUUUCUUAAGGAAUUCCACAGAAUGUAUGGAUGUUUCAUCCCACUACACAAGGGAGACAUUUUGAGACAUCUGGAGAGGAAGUUCCACACCGAUUUCAGCGACAGGUGGUCUACAAGAAGCACACACUGACACUGGAUGACUUGUCCACACUGGCAGAUCAGAACUGGCUCAACGACCAGGUCAUCAACAUGUACGGAGAAUUAAUUCUGGAAUCUUCCCAUCACCAGGUCCAUUUUCUCAACAGCUUCUUCCACAGGCAGCUCAUGACUAAAGGUUAUGAUGGUGUUAAGAGAUGGACGAAGCAGGUGGAUUUGUUUUCUAAGAGUUUGCUUUUGGUGCCCGUCCACCUGGAAGUUCACUGGUGUCUGGUGACAGCUGACAUCGACAAAAAAAAGAUCUGUCUUUACGACUCUCAAGGAAUCACACUCCAGAAGGUUGCAAGGAACAUCCUGAAAUACUUGAUGACCGAAGCAAAGGAGAAGAAGCAUUCCGAUUUUGAAAGUGGUUGGGAAGUGUCAUAUGAUGAGAUAAUCCCUCAGCAGACCAAUGAAAAUGACUGUGGGGUUUUUAUCUUGGAGUACUGUAGAUGCCUUGCUUUAGCAAAACCACUGCAGUUUUCACAGAGGGACAUACCAAAGAUACGCAAGAGGAUCUACAAAGAGCUCUGUGACUGUAAAAUCCACGAACAACCCUGAAGACUCUUUCAGGUGUGUGUGUGUGUGUGUGUGUGUGUGUGUGUGUGUGUGUGUGUGUGUGUGUGUGUGUGUGUGUG